CGGGAGACGCUACAGCAGCCAUUUUUCUCGUUACUUCUUUAGUGUUCGGUGUAAGGUUGGUUUUGUCAUACCGCGGGUGUUCACUGUCGCUACCUCGAGGAAAUUAACCGCCCCGACGAUUUAUUAAAGUGUUUAAUAGUCUCAAAAUAAAAAAAAAUCCGCACAAAUGAAGAUGGUCGAUAAAAUUGAGAUGAGCCUGGACGAUAUCAUCAAACAAAAUAAGGGCGGAAGAACCCGUGGCAGUGCUGGAGGCAGAAGGGGACGUGGAAAUGCCACUGGUACAUCCCCAAGACGUGGAGCAAGAGGCCAGAGGGCAGGAGGUGGAGUGAUGAGAGGACGCAGUCGUGGAGGCAUUUCCAGAACAUCAACACCUUACACGAGGGGCGAUGUAAACAGUGCCUGGAAACACGAUAUGUUCGAUGGUGUGAAGAAGGUUGGUCGUGGGGCCAUUGGCGGCACAGGGACUACAAAACUACUCGUUUCGAAUCUCGAUUUUGGAGUCUCCGACUCUGAUAUUCAGGAAUUAUUCAGUGAAUUUGGUCCACUGAAGUCAGCAGCAGUCCACUACGACAGGUCGGGAAGAUCUCUUGGAUCAGCAGACGUUAUUUUCGAACGUCGAGCUGACGCCAUCAAGGCCAUGAAACAGUACAAUGGAGUACCUCUGGAUGGUCGUGAGAUGAACAUUCAGGUGGCAACAUCUGAGCUGCCAGUGACAACCUCUGUGAGGAAUCCAGCACGACUCGCUGCUGGAAACUUCAAUCAGAGAUCUCCAACGAGAUUCAGAGGAGCACGUGGAGCUGGAGCUGGAGCUGGAGCUAGAGGAAACACCCAAAAACCUAAACUUGGGGUUAAAGGUCGUGGAACAGGGCGACGAGGUGGUGGACGUGGAGGUGCCAGGCAGCCAACAAAGACUCCAACAGCUGAGGAACUCGAUGCCGAGCUGGAGGCAUACGUCAAGGAAGUAAAGUAACCAGGAUCAACUCCCAGAAACGAACAUAAUAAUAAUAACUGACUUAAUAUCCACGAAAAAGCAAUUCUUUGCCAUGAAUUUUCUAAACGAAAUGUCAAACGAUUCAUUCAUUUUUUUUUUAUCGACUGUUUACUACGGUUUUAUCACCUGAAGAAAAAGAGUUCAAUUAAUUUUCCCAUUUUAAAAAUAAGAAUUGAUAAGUAAUAAAUCAUUCAGGGAGAUGUUCGUAGAGAGAUUGCUGUAGACUAUACGAGAUUUAAUAUUAAUGAUUAAAGUUAUUGAAAUCAUCGAGAUGAGCGUGUGGAAAAGGCAAUUUUUUUUUUUCUUCAUUAAUUAGUUUUUAUUUGUAAAAUUGUGAAAAGAGAAAAAACUGUAGGAGUUACUCGACUGUAUGGAAAAAAUAUGUGACAAAGUGCAGUUUUGAUGAGGGAAACAAAAAAAAAAUACAGAAAAUAAUAUUUCAUCUCCAACGGAA